GACGUUUGCUCCUUUUUCCUUUUUUACAGAAAAUAAAACAAAAUGAGAUAUCUGCUGCUGGUAGCAGCGUUGGCCGUAGCCUCAGUGGCGGCCAAGGGCGUUCGCAUCAGUCCAUUGUCCGGCAAGUUUAUCGACCAGAUCAACGCCAAGGCGACCACAUGGCGCGCGGGACGGAACUUCCACCCGGAUACGCCAAUGUCCUACAUCCGAGGUCUGAUGGGAGUCCACAAGGAUGCGGACAAGUUUAUGCCUCCGGUCAUGCUGCACGAUCUGGAUGAGGGCGAUGAUCUGCCAGAGAACUUUGACGCGCGCGAGCAGUGGCCAAACUGUCCCACGAUCCGGGAAAUCCGUGACCAGGGCUCGUGUGGUUCGUGCUGGGCGUUCGGUGCCGUCGAGGCCAUGUCCGAUCGUAUCUGCAUCCAUUCGAAGGGUAAGGUGCACUUCCGCGUGUCGGCUGAAGAUCUGGUGUCGUGCUGCCACACUUGUGGCUUUGGAUGUAACGGAGGGUUCCCGGGUGCUGCCUGGAGCUACUGGGUUCGCAAAGGACUGGUCAGCGGAGGUCCGUACGGAUCCGAUCAGGGUUGCCAACCUUACGCGAUCUCGCCUUGUGAACAUCACGUGAACGGAACCCGCGGUCCGUGCAAUGGCGAAGGCAAGACCCCCAAAUGCGUCAAGAAAUGCCAGGCCAGCUACAACGUUCCGUACGCCAAGGACAAGUUCUUCGGCAAGUCCUCCUACUCGAUCGCAAGCCACGAGCAGCAGAUUCAGAAGGAACUCUUCACCAAUGGUCCGGUCGAAGGUGCAUUCACGGUGUACGAGGAUCUGCUCAACUACAAGGAAGGCGUAUACCAGCACACCGCCGGAAAAAUGCUCGGAGGACACGCAAUCCGUAUCCUGGGUUGGGGCGUCGAGAACGACACAAAGUUCUGGCUGAUUGCCAACUCGUGGAACAGCGACUGGGGAGAUAACGGCUACUUUAAGAUUCUGCGCGGAAGCGAUCAUCUGGGUAUCGAGAGUUCGAUUGCUGCCGGUUUGCCAAAGGUUUAAAGAGGGAAGAAGUAGUGAAUCAAAAGACUUGAAACUGUCGUAUCAUUCCGAUUAGCGAAUAUUUUAAUCAGUAGGAAGCGUUCUACGCUCAAAAGAUAUUAAACAUAGCUCAGUUUAACCUGUAUUAAGGCGAAAGAUUAUUGGAGCAAUAAAAAUUAGAGAAACUA